CUCACCCAACUUGUAUUGUCUGCUGCCACUCGGUACUGGAGAAAAGCAGCCCGAAGGAGGCUGACGACCUCCAGUGCAACCAAAGUAAGAGAAAAUCACCGCUCCUUCUCCAUUCCUGCUUCGUCACAACCGAGCCAGAACUAAUAAGACUGCAUUGCAUCGAGGAGUACCAAUGCACGCACUGUGUUUUGGAUUGGCGCAUGGCAAGUUGCAUCCAGACCACUUUUACGCACGUCUCUCCAGGCGGAGGAUGUGAACGCGUCCACGUGCGUGGAGGGGAACAAAACAAACUAAAGUGAGCGAAGAUGCGCGGCGCCGAGCUGCUGCUCGCUUACGUCCUCGCCAAAGUGGCCGUGCGCCACGCGGACUGCCAGGGGGAGCGCCCGGCGGAUGACUUGGUGCUGGUGAGCGGAUACAACGAGUCGGCGGAGUCCGUGACGAGCGGCGCCACGGAGAGCCCGCACACGGAGGACAAAUGCCGCGGCUACUACGACGUGAUGGGCCAGUGGGACCCGCCCUUUGUGUGUCAGACGGGUAACUACCUGUACUGUUGCGGCACGUGCGGCUUCCGGUUCUGCUGUGCCUUCCGCAGCUCCCGGCUGGACCAGACCACCUGUAAGAACUACGACACGCCGCCGUGGAUGAUGACCGGCAGACCGCCGUCGAAGGUGGAUGUGGCGCAGGACUCCGCCAAGGACAAGACCAACAUGAUCGUGUAUGUCAUCUGCGGGCUGGUGGCCAUCAUGGCACUGAUUGGCAUCUUCACCAAGCUGGGGCUGGAGAAGACGCAGCGGCCAAACCAAGAAAACAUGCCACAAGCUUUGGCGCAUGUGACCCGUCAUCCCGCUUCAGAACAUCCGGACGAGAUAAGCCUGGGCCUGCACUAUGAGAACAUGCAGACAAGAGUCGCAAUAAACAGUCUACACAGCCCCCAGAUGAACAACGCCACGCCUGCCUCGCCUCUGCUCACCGAGCCAUAUGCACUGUUGGAUUCGAUCAGCAGCCCCUACGAGCCGCAGACGUUGGUCAAGGACCUCAACAAGUACGCCACCCUAAAGGCUGUCGCAGAAAAAGCUAACGACGGCUUCUACACCAACCGCCGCCAAGUGCUGAGCGGAAUAACAACGAAGGGCAGCCUUCCAAUGGAGCAUGUGGAUGCGGAGCCCAGCAACCCGUACAGCCCGCCCAGACAGAUGUCAAGCAUGCAGAGCGUACGCAAGCACAAGAACCCGCGAAGCCACAGCUCCCAGUCGCUGUCCUUUGGCUCUUUUUCCAGCCCGGCCACGCCGAGACCUUGGGAGAGCAAAGACGUGCUGGGCCUGAGGCAGUGCUACGACCCGACCAAUUUCUGCGUCACGGGGAGGGAACUUCAGAACGUUCGCUUCCUGCCCCCGCAGCCCUAUUUGGUCACCAACAGCAAGACGGAAGUGACAGUAUGAAGUGAAGAAACGUCAAGUGCUGGAAGUGCUUGUGUAAAAUACGACUGUGGACUGUUCAACAACACACAGCUGUGUGGACGGCAUGGACAGUGUUCACGACAAAGGUUUGAAUUCAAAUGAGUGUUAUCCAACAAUAACAUCAAAUCACAAAUGCGAGAUAAAUAAAAUACCCUCCCACGCCAACAUAGACCACCACCUAGGCCAAACUACAGUGAUGCCCUGAGAUUAGGGCUGAACAAUUUAUCGUUUUAGGAUCCAAAUCGUGAUCUGAGCAAAUCAUUUGGUGAUCCUCAAAACCGCAUUCUUUUUAAAGAGCUUUUAAACGACGCAGAGCUCACGGAUUAGAAGCGGUAUGCAAAUUGUGGACAGGUCACACUUACCAAGCAUCUCCGUGCUGGGCUUCAAAGUCGUCAACGUCCACUUCACGGAAUCGCCCAUCCUCAAGAGUUUUUGCCACAUGAUUCGUUUUUCAAUUCAACGGACAUUGUGCUGCUCCUCGUGGUGCGCAUGCCUUGGCCGCCUGGCAGUAGUUUUCUGCUGUUGGUGACAUCCGGAGAUACAUGGAGACGAUCAAUCCUCAGUAAAUUUCAGUAAGAUUAGCCGUUCUUUGCAGAGGAUAAAUAACACAUUAGACACUUGUAAGUAUUGUUAUAUUAUCUUUCUACAUGUUUUGCUCCACUGCUUGUCUUCAAAUAUCUGUUGCUGAAAGAGUGAUAAAACCACGACACUGAUGCUCUUGGCACUGUUAGACUAAAGGCAUAUGGACUUUCCUGACGUAAAGGUUGAAGCUUUCCACCUAGUUAUAAAGUACAUUGAGUUGACCGCCACCAUGCAGUGCUCGUACCUCACAUUUUUGGCGGAAAGUCAAAGCGAAAAAACAAAACAAACAAAACAAAAAAACAGAUUUUUGACUAAUAACUCUCUUGGCACCACUGAAAUGUAGAUUCAUAAAUUCCAAGAGCAAAAACAAAAAUGACACAGACUGUUAUGUAUAUUGCGUCACAAAUAAGCAUCUAUAUGUUCUCCAAGUGACACAAAAUUUUGUGUCAUUUACACGAGUAAAAUGAUCCAAAUUCAGUGUGUUCUCUUGAUUCAAAGCUCGGGUCAUGUUUUUACUUUCAACCAGUCAAUGCUAUUGAAUGUUGUGAGCACGCCGUGUUAUGCUAUACCUUUUUACUCGGACAAAAAGAUUGCUGUUUUUAUGAAGAACUACAUCGUCAAACUUUUUGCUGUUUUUCAGAAAUGUACAUAUAUACCUAUUCCAUGCACUCUAUUUGUAACCGGUUGCUCUAAUGAGUACUUUUUUUUUGCAGUGCAAAGAUUGAUAUCACACAUUCUCCAAUAAUAAGGAAAAUGCCUUUUAAUACGGCUAUUAUUUUAGUGACCGGUUAAUUUUUGAUGGUAUGUACUGGGGAAAUGACCAAAACAAGCUUUUGAGGUCAGUUAUUGAGCAAAACGUCAGUUUGGAGGACUAUUUGAAAUCAUUUUAAUUCAAAGGGUGUCAUAAAUUCAAUAAUUUAACAGGUGGGGAGUUGACGAAUUUAGAAUAACAAGGACCAAAUAUGCCAGCAGCACAUAAAACGGAAAGACAGUUCAAAUUUUGGGAAAUUACAGUGGAUUGCAAAAACAGGGAAAGUAUUUUUAAUCUACCCCCCCCCCACCCCACCCCCACAUUGUUUGAUAUUGUGAGUUUGUGUUUCACUGUGUUGCAGCAGUACAAAAAUGUCACGCUUUUGUUCAUUUUGCUAUUAAAAUAUAUAUUUUUAAUAGCAGAC